AUGCUAAAGUUGUGGUUGCGUGAACCGCAUCAUAGCGAUGAUGAGGCUAUUAAGCUUAUGAUUGAUGAGGAGAUGGAUGUCUCCGACGUGCUUUUGAAGGUUCCUGAGCUCCUUCGAGUGCAGCAGCUUAAACCUUCAGAGAUUCAGGCAGAGUACAAUGACAGGGUGCUUUCUAAUCGCAUGGUUGUUUCAAGUGUUUUUGAGGGAAACAAGGAGGGGACAUUUGUUAUCCGCCCAAGGCCUGGUGUAGUUGUUACUCCGAACGGUGUAUGGAAAGAAUCCCCUGUUUCAAGAGUUUGUGGUGGUGGUAGAAGGGGCGCACCUUCCUCGUGUACCACCAACAGUUACCCUCCUCCUUCACCAAGACGAAAUCAAUUUGACAAGAACCAUAUAACAAAUCCUGAGAUGCUGAAAAGGACAGGCUCUCUUGGAGGUGACCGCGGAAGGCCUCCAGUAGCCAGAAGCACAAGUCGGGGAGCGACACCACCCCGAGGUGUUGGAGGGGGCACUCCAAGAUGUAGGAAAAGUAAUAUUGGUGGAUAUCAAAAUGAGGGAAACACACCAAAUCGAACAGCAACUCCCAAGCGAGGUGCCUCAGUUCCCAGGUCCGAUCGACAGCCAACCGUUCGUUCUCGGCAUCUGGAUCCAAAGAACGUGGCAUCUCGUUUUCGCCAAGAGGCAGAGAAAGUCCGAGCGCCUUCAAAGAGAAAUCAAGUAGAGGCUGUGUGUGAAAGUUUUAAGCCUCAAUGGGGAAAGCCUCUUUGUGCCACUUGUAAUCACCCAAGGCAAGCUCACUGGGAAGCCCAGAGAAGGAAGAACUCUGAAGUAGAACCCAAUUCCUCAUCGGAGAUUGACGUCCCUGCGGGCGUCACCGCACAGAUUGGGAGUAUGACUCCAAAUAGAAAGGUAAUGGCUGCGAUAGAAGUUGGCAGUAGCCAAAACCAAAUGGUCGUUGCCAGUGCUGCAUCGAUCUCGGGACAGGAAGAGUGGUAA